GAUAAGAUAAGCCAAUGACAGACCGCCAAAAAGUUUAGGGAAUUCUGCCACUUCCGUUUCUACUUCUCCAGUUCUUCCUUUUCGGCUACACCCCUCCCAAUUUUUGCGCCGCCUCCAAAGUUACCAUCUAAAUCUCGUGACAAUGGCUGAUACUGGGAUGCUCCUGAAUUUUGACAUUAGUGAUGCGCCGAUAAAACGACAGGUCAAAUUCACAGGCGGUCGUUGGAGAGAUCGGGUUCAUGCUCAACGAAGCGCCAGAAAUAAUCACAAGGGACCUACAAGGAGUGAAGCCAAUUCCACCCCAUUGACCAAGGAUCGACGGGAGUUUCACCGUAACCACGAUGAGAGGCCUGCGAAGCGCCAAAAGACCUUUGGCGAUUCAAAUGGUCAAACUGAACACUCAAGACGACAGGAGACAAACAGCGCGUCUGCUAAGCCUGGUGGUAUAACUUCGAGGUUAUUCACCUCUAACCCAACCCCGAGGACCGUCUUCGAAGAACCAGCGGAAGAAACCGAACCUGCGAAACCAUCCAAUGCGCCAUUAUCUAAUGAGGCCGAAAAUUUCCACGCCCUCGGUUUAUCCCCGCGCAUUGCCCAACAUCUAUCGUCCAAACUCGAGAUGAAAGCACCGACAUCCAUACAAAAGAACACAAUUCCACUAUUAAUAAAGGAUGAUAGCGACGCAUUCCUACAAGCCGAGACGGGUUCCGGAAAGACCUUGGCCUAUCUGCUACCUAUUGUGCAACGGAUUAUAGCCUUGAGUCAUCGAGAAGACGGUUCUGCCACUGGAACUCGAAUACAUCGCGAUUCAGGUCUAUUUGCGAUUAUCCUGGCUCCAACAAGAGAAUUGUGCAAGCAGAUCGCUACCGUGCUUGAGAAGGUGCUACGAUGUGCCCCAUGGAUUGUCAGUACAACUGUCAUAGGUGGAGAGAGCAAGAAAUCCGAAAAGGCUCGAAUAAGGAAAGGUGUCAAUAUAUUGAUUGCUACGCCCGGUCGCCUUGCCGAUCACCUGGACAACACCAAAGUGCUGGAUGUUGGUACUGUAAGAUGGCUUAUUCUAGACGAAGGCGAUAGGUUAAUGGAAAUGGGUUUUGAAGACGAACUAAAAAACAUCGUGGGGCAGAUCCGCAAGGAAAAAUUAAAAGAGACAAAUAAGGAAGAAGUAAACCUCGGCGCUUUACCGCAACGGCGUGUCACCGUCCUCUGUUCGGCCACGAUGAAGAUGAACGUGCAAAAAUUGGGUGAGAUCAGUUUACAGGAUGCCACCCAUAUCACGGCCUCGAAGUCAGAAAGCGAUGGCGAUGCAGCAGUUGAGACCAACGAUGCCGUUUUCACAGCACCGUCUCAAUUGAAACAGUCUUAUAUCGUUGUACCAGCUAAAUUGCGGUUGGUCACAUUAAUAGCCCUUCUCAAAUCGUCCUUCGCGCGGAGAGGUUCGGUUAUGAAAGCCAUUAUCUUCAUAUCAUGUGCCGAUUCGGUCGAUUUUCAUUUCGACUUACUCCGCUCUACGCGCCUUCAAUCCUCUUCCAACGAUACAUCUCCCACAAAAGACACCGUUGCCGACGCCGCCUACAUCACAUCACCAGCUAAUCCUGAUAUAACACUAUUAAAACUACAUGGCUCUCUUCAACAGCCGGUCCGUACAUCUACACUCGCCGCCUUCCAUGCCUCAAAAAAUCCUUCUGUUCUCAUCACAACCGACAUCGCAUCUCGUGGUCUUGAUGUCCCGGCCGUUGAUCUCGUAAUCGAGUACGACCCAGCCUUCAGCGUCGAUGAUCAUGUCCACCGAAUUGGACGAACCGCACGAGCAGGCCGACCUGGAAAAGCAACACUGUGCCUGCAACCAGGUUGCGAGGAGGGGUACGUGGAUCUUCUAAAAUCGGCGACGCCACUUACCCCUCAAUCGUACGACGCCACGCUGCAGAAUGGCUUCAUAACACCCAUAACCCUGCCCAAACCAGACACAUCGUCGGAACCUCAGACUCUAGUCUCCGACCGACAGACGCCCAAUUCCCGCGCCGAAGCGCUACAGCUUCACCUUGAACAGCGCCUUCUAGCUUCUGAAAAAGAGAAAGAAAGUGGUAGUAGUAACACCAACUCGAAACUCCUCGAUGCGGCACGCCAGGCUUUCCGCUCGCAUAUCCGUGCAUACGCUACCCACGUCCGAGACGAGCGUGUAUACUUCGAUAUUACACAGUUACACCUCGGACAUUCGGCCAAGAGCUUCGCGCUUCGCGAAGCGCCGGGUGGUAUUGGUGGCGGUCCAUCAAGGAGGACGUAUAAGGCUGGCGCUAAAGUCGGUGCUGGGGCUGGUGGGCAGAAGAGAGGUGCUGAUAGUGAUGGCGAGGAUGGAGCGGGUGCUACAGAUGAAGAUGCGGCGAGGAGAAUGAGGAUGAAGAUGAAGGCAGUUAUGAGUGCCGCCGGGGAGUUCAAUAUCGGAUGAGAUCCUCUAAAAAUGAAAAGGGGGAUGGGAAAAGGUAGUGAAGAUGUACAAAUCACGAAGGGAUAUAGAUAAAAAGCACGCUUAGCGGGAAUGAAUUUUACAUGAGAAUUGCAU